UACCAUUAUGUGAUUUCUUUUCCACACAAAAUUUCUUAUCCAUUUUAGAUCUAACUUAAAUUUGUAGACAAAUAUUUUUAAAUAUAAAUCGCAAAUUUUUUUUAAAUUGUGUCCGAUAUCAAAGCGUGGCUAGCCCAAAUAAAAAAAGGUAAGUCAUUUGACAUAACAACUAAAUAAUAAUUUAAUACAUUUGGAAAUUUAUUGAAACAUAAUUUUUUUUAGAAAAUUAGGUAAUUCUGAAAUGUGUUAUCAGUUUAUUAAAUUUAUUGAUGCUUGUAUAAUUUAUUAAGCAUUGUGAAAAUUUGAUCACAAAUUGUAAUUUUCAACUUGGGUUUUAAAUAUUAAUAUUAUAAUAGGAGGAUGAGCAGUUCCGAAGAAGUUUCUUGGAUUUCGUGGUUCUGUGGAUUGCGUGGAAAUGAGUUUUUCUGCGAGGUACAUAUUUAUUUUUGUUUUAAUAUCACAUAAUUUUGACUUACAAUUUUGUAUAGGUUGAUGAAGACUACAUUCAAGAUAAAUUCAAUUUAACUGGUCUUAAUGAACAAGUACCUCAUUAUAGACAAGCUUUGGACAUGAUUUUGGAUUUAGAACCAGGUUUGCAUGUUUUAAAUAAUAAAUUUAAAUAUUAUAUUCGAGAUCCAGAUUAAAACUGGUAGUGAAAUGUCUAACGUGUAUAAAGUAUGGCCAAGUAGUGUAUAUAUGUGCUAUUCAUAUUAAAUUUAUUAUAUAAACUUUCUUUAUUAAUUGUUUUAUUGUUCUGAUUAUAAUAUACAAAUUCACAACAAUUGUAUGGCCAUUUUGACAUUAUCCCAUAAAGUGGUUGUUAGCACUUACAUGUAGUUAUAUUUGUUGCAAAUUGACAAAAUUUUGUAUGCUAACCAACAGCAUUAAAAAUCAAUUUACAGAACAUGAUUAAAUAGCUCUCUUAAUAUUUUAUAUACUGUAUAAAUUACAAGUAUAUUAUUUCAUAUUGUUUUGAUAAAUAAUUUAAUUGAAUAACUAAAACAAGUUAGAAAACAUUUCCGGGUUCUAAACAUAUUUUGAACAAUAAACUAUAUUUUCAUUAACAAUUUUCGAAGAAAUUUUGUAAAUAACUAAGAAAAUAUUUCUACAGUGUUUAUAAUUUGGUACUUCUUUUUAAUAUUAAUUAUAAACAUAAUAAUAAUUUUACGAAAUAUAUAUAUAUAUAUCCUUGUAAACCAAAUACCAAAUCAACAACCAUAACUAAGGCAUAGUUAUUGGAGUGCCCUACCCUAACUACAUUGACAAAUGCAAUGGGAUAUAAGGUGUUUUAAACUUAUGUGAAGAUCACUUAAGAGGUAGUAUAUUAUUAAGAUUUAUCAAAUAUAAAAAAAUAAUUGCAUUGUGAAUUCAUUUAAUUUCUCAAUAAGCAUUUUACAGAUAUAAAUAGUAUAUAUAUAUUUUUUAAACAAAUUAAAAUUAAAUUAAAUUAAAUUUUUGGCCUUAGGUUGUCAUUUAAAUUUAAGCAUGGUAAUUUUAUAUUAAUAAUGUUUUAUUUAAGCCUGGUUUAUCAGUUAUGUUUAACUGGUAUCAGUUAAACAACAGGCAACAUCAAGCAACAAAGUUCAUCAGUAUAAAAAUAAACACUAACAAUGAACAAGUAUAACCAGAAUAAUUAUAAAAUAAAAAUAUGUUAUUAAACCACAUAUUAGUCAUCAAAAUGUAUGAUAAUUUAUGAAUCAAUAUAUGUUUUUUUUAAAUAUAUUUUUUAUAAAAUAGUUCUGUUUAAAUAGUUUUGUUUCUUAAAUGGUUUAAAUUAAUUUUAGAAUAAUUAGUGCAAAAUGCACAAUGCUGAUUACUCGCUAAACUAAUAACUAACAACAGGAAAAGUCUUCAUUGGCAUGCCUCAUAAUAUUGUCGAAUUUGAGUUGUAAAUGAGAUGCAGAGAAUAAGCCUAGAAAAAUUAUGUGUGAGUGUAUUAGAAAUACGAAUACAAAAGUUAUUUAUGAUAAGAGCAAAGGACAUUCAACAUUAUUGAUGAAGAUAUAUUGUAUGCAUAGCCUUAUGCCUACAGUUGGCAAGUGUAUCAAGUGCAAAAGCAUUAAAUUGUAAUUGGAGUAUAAAACUGAUAUUUAAAUAUGGAUAAUAUUUUGGAACAUUAAAUAGUAUAAGUUGAGUAAAUAGCAGAUUAUAUAAUUUAUGAACUGACCUUAAUAUUAUAAGAAAAGGAACAAGUUUACAUAAUGAAAUGGGACAAAGAAGAUAUCAAUAUCAGAUUUUGAUUGGAUAAACAUGUAUUAUCAUAAUAAAUUAAGUAAAAUUGAUUUUUUAACAAUUUAUAAUAUUAUAAAAAAAAUAAUAAUAAUUAUGAUCCAUGGCUGUAACUAUUGAUUGCUGAAUGUGUUACAUAGCAGUUAAAUAAAUUGUAUGACCUUAUAAAUCUUUAGGCCUUAAAUAAGUGAGUUUUUGUAAUCAUUUUCUUAGAAAUAUUGUGUUAUAUUUUUUUAUAUAAUAAUAAUAGUCUUUACCUUAUGUUAUUUAAAUUUUAGAUGAUGACUUGGAUGAUAACCCUAAUCAUUCAGAUCUAAUUGAACAGGCUGCUGAGAUGUUAUAUGGUUUAAUACAUGCUCGUUAUAUAUUGACAAAUCGUGGGAUUGCUCAAAUGAUUGAGAAAUAUCAAACUGGUGAUUUUGGACACUGCCCACGAGUAUAUUGUGAAAAUUCACCAAUGCUCCCAAUAGGUUAAUAUUACUUUUACAAAGUAUUAUAUACAAUUAAUUUUGAUUGUAUAGAUGUAUUAUAUGAAAAUAACCAAUGAUGUAAAUAAGAAUUUUUCAAGUAGAGAAUGCAUGUUUUUUUAUAGUGACAAGUACUAAGUCUAGUGAUAGAUAAAUUUAAGAUAUUUAAAAUAUCUUGUUAAAAGUAAAUACUAGAAAUUUGUUUUACAAAAUUCUAUAAUUGUAGAAAUGUUUUAAGUUUAACAUUAUUACAGAUAACACUGAAAUUUAUUUUUUACUAGUUUCUUAGUUUUUAAACUCGUAUUCUUUAGCUAUUAACUCAAAAUUAAAAAAAGGCAAAUAACUAAAUAAUUACUUUUAUAUUUUCAUACAAAUAUUUAAGUAUCUUAUCAUGUGAUAGUAUGGAUGAUUAAUUUUUGAAUGCACUAAACACUAUAAAAAAAAUAUAUUUACAGGUUUGUCAGAUGUUCCAGGAGAAGCAAUGGUUAAACUUUACUGUCCAAAAUGUAUGGAUGUCUAUACACCAAAGUCAUCUCGUCAUCAUCAUACUGAUGGUGCCUAUUUUGGAACAGGUUUUCCACAUAUGUUGUUUAUGGUACAUCCAGAAUACAGACCGCCAAGGCCUGGUAAUCAGUUUGUGCCUAGGUAUGUAUAACAAAUUGUAAUUAUUUAUUAUAAGAAUAAACAGCAUAUGCCCAAUUAAUAAAAAUGUUAACAAUUUUUUUUUAUAAAGAAAAUAGCUAAUUAGAUUUGUGUUUUCUAAUUAAUUUAAAUCUACAAGUAAUUAACAUUAAUACAUAAUUUUUUAGAUUAUAUGGUUUCAAGAUACACAAUCUGGCUUAUCAAAUACAGCAACAGGCAGCAGCUAAUGUCAAAACACCACUCAGACUGACCAGCUUCAAUGGAAAACGUUGAUAUUUUGUAUUAAUGGACUAUUAUAUCCACAUUUUUAUUAUUCUUAAACAUUACUAGAUUAACAAAAACAAAAAAUAAUUGCAGUUUAAUUUUUACCAGUUUUUGGCUGUAUACUAUAUUAAUAAAUUAUAUUUAUAAAACUAUGUAAUUUCUUCACCAUAAUUGUAUAUAGUGAUUAUUUUUGCAAUUUAUAAUUCAUGUCUUUUAGAGAAUAAUUCAAAUAUAUUUAGGAUAUCCAGAUUUAUUGGAAUUUUUAAAAGCAUAUUCUUUUUCACAUAAUUUGAGGAUUUUUUAUUUUACUUUCAUCUAUUUUAUUUUACACUGAUGUCUUAUAGUUUUGUGCCAAACAAGAUUUUUAAAAUUUUAGAUUGAAUUGCGAGUUAAGUAAAACACAAAUCAAUAGUAAAAAAUAAAAAAAAUGUAUCAUUUAUUGCAUUGAUAAUAUUUUUUAAAUUUUUAAUAGACCAUAGUACAUAAUUAUAUUAUAUAUAUUAAUAAUAAUUAUUAUUAUGAAAAUAAUUUUAUUUUGUAUCAACAAAUACCAAACGUAUCUAUUGUUAAAUAUUGGAUACAUAGGUGUACCCAGACAUUAUCAUCAAGGGAAUUUGUUUAAUAAAUUAAUAAAUAAAUAUUAAAAUUGUUAAAACUUGUAAUUUUGAACAAAACAAAUUUUAUUAUUUUUUGAUAAGAAACAUCAAAUUCCAAUAAUUCCACAUUAAAUUAUGAAAAUAUCGAGUACAAAAAUAUAUUUUGUAAUAAAAUAGAAUAUGUAUGUUUAUAGAACAGUUUGGAAAUUAAAAUAAGAUCUGCUAAAGUAUUCUGGGCACACCUAUGUUUGGAUAUGAUGAAAAUGUAUUUGAAUAAUAAUAAAUGUAUAUAUAUAUAAUUCAUUAAUAUACUUACAUUUGUAUGUAUAACAUUUUUAAUAUAUCUUAUUUCAGUUAAAAUAUAGAAUUAAUUAUUUACACAAG